CUGCCACCAGUGUGUUGCUACGUGAAAAGAUCGUCCUCCUCGCUCUGCUACGUCAUCAUAAAAAGUGUUAGUUUACCAACAGCAAAACUACGAUCAUAUUGCAGCACCCCACGAAGAAGACCAGCUGUGAAGCUUUAAAAAAUUAAUACGGAAUGGGUAGCAGGAGAAAUGCUUACCACUCUGUACAGUUACCCACCGUGCUGACAGCAGAUAUCGACGGAUAUAACACGAUCAUCAUACCGACGAACAUAAAGUUUAUUUACAAGCCGAGGAAGACGCUUCCGAGCUUCUCUGGUUCCGAAAAUGGCGCUCUGGUUGAAGAUUGGUUUCAAGAAUGCGAAAGAGCGGCAUCACUACUUGGAUGGCAUGAAGAUAUUAUGUUGCAAAAAUUUAUCAUGAGGCUAAGAGGCGAUGCCUUGAUGUAUCACCGGAAGAAAUUGACUUACGUCGAAGAUUACUGGGACUGGCGUGAUUUAAUGAUUGAAGAAUUCAUGCAUAACGACAAGUACUAUUUUCUGGGACAACUCGAUCAACUCAGACAAAAACCCCAUCAGUCAGUUACGACAUUCGCUGCAGAAAUCGAUUCGCUUUUGGUCAAAGCUCUGGGUUUGGCUGUGAUCACAGAUAAAUCGCUGAAAACGUUUUGUUUCCGUGUCAAGUUGGCUUACUUGAUUGACGGUUUACGCGAAGUUAUUCGUAAAGAAAUUGGUCCCCGUUUCCACAAUUAUAUGACUGGAUUUCCGUCUUGGUCGCGUGUAAUUGAAGAGGUCCAAGACGUUGAAUGGCUGAUUGAUCUUAGGAAGAAACAAUCUAUACGCAACAGUUUGCAAUCGUGUAAUUACGUCAAAGUUUACCUUGCAAUCUCGGGAGAUGAUGAAACCAAACAAAUGGGAUAUGGUGUCUUCUUCGGUGAAAAUGAUUCCAAGAACGUCAGUAAAAUUGAGCCUCGCACAUGCAAUGCAACCUUAAUUAUAGCGGCAAUCACUGCAAUCCAGCAAGCGAAGAAACAUGGCAUAGAACGAUUGAUGAUACAUACCAAUUCGGAAUAUCUUCUCAAGUUUAUUGAUGAAUGGGCCGUUCCAUGGUUAGAGAAUUCGUGGAGCAAAUCCCGUAGGAAGCUUGCACUCAACGUGCCCCUUUGGCGGAAUCUCCUCACUGCUCUCCAAGACAUUGACGUUAAAUGGGCUGCGUUCAAUGAAAACGAGAACGGACCUGCUGGUGCACGUAGUCUUGCUAGUCUUGCUAAAACCAGCUUACAGAAAUACGAUCCAAGAGGCACUUACUAGGCCAAAUAACACUUAAAAGACUUUUCUUUUUCUUUAAAAAAAAAAUUUGAUUUGUAUUCCAAUUUUACGUUCUAUGUAUUCGAAGUAAACCUACAAAGUUGUUCCCAUA